GCAACACCGUCUGGCGGGGCGGAAACGAAAGCAGCUCCGGUCUAUUUUCCAGCAUCAUACAUAAACACUGUGGCCAAACCACAGCCUGCUUUCCGAAACUGCUCCUUUUAUCGAGCCCUUAACGCGUCAGGGGCCAACAUGUCCGAGACAUACGACUUCCUCUUUAAGUUCUUGGUGAUUGGCAGCGCCGGGACGGGGAAAUCCUGCCUCCUCCAUCAAUUCAUUGAGAACAAAUUCAAACAGGACUCCAACCACACCAUCGGAGUAGAGUUUGGUUCCAGAGUGGUGAAUGUCUCUGGGAAGACGGUCAAGCUGCAGAUCUGGGACACUGCUGGGCAGGAACGGUUCCGUUCUGUGACACGCAGCUACUACCGCGGAGCAGCAGGAGCGCUUCUGGUCUAUGAUAUAACCAGCCGAGAGACGUACAACGCGCUGACCAACUGGCUGACGGACGCACGCACGCUGGCGAGCCCCAACAUCGUUAUCAUCCUGUGUGGCAACAAGAAGGACCUGGAGGCAGAGCGAGAGGUCACAUUCCUGGAGGCCUCGCGCUUUGCUCAGGAGAACGAGUUGAUGUUCUUGGAGACCAGCGCUCUGACGGGGGAGAAUGUGGAGGAGGGUUUCCUCAAGUGCGCGCGCACCAUCCUCAACAAGAUAGACUCGGGUGAGCUGGAUCCAGAGAGGAUGGGCUCAGGCAUCCAGUACGGGGACGCGUCACUGCGGCAGCUGCGGCAGCCCAGAGGCAGCACGACACAGAACAAGCAGCAGUGCAGCUGCUAGGAACGUGGCCCCCCCUCCCUUAAAGACCUCCCGUGCAGGUCAGUGUUACAGCUCCAGUUGUUUUGGGGUGUCCGCACCUCACAGCACCUGGAUGAGUGGAAAUCACUGACCUUUGACCCUCCGAUAAGACUUGUUUAUGCGUGCCGACACACGCGGGGAUUGUGCGGUCCUUACCAGAUCGUAGUGGACGCGUCUCGGCGCUGUGUAUUCAUGUUUUUCAUUUAAUACAUGCGCGCCUCCUUAUGGUUUUAUAACAUUUGCACUGCUUUUUGUCCCUAAAUUAUUAUUGCCUUUUUCGUCUUUUCAGCAUUUAAAUAUUCACUGUGGCUUUCCAGUGUCCAAAUGCUAAAACAGCAAAUGUUUGGAGGAGGUUUAAGAAGGUGUCUCAUAGCUAAUUCCCACCUCGCCAUCCUAAAUGCACUUUUAGCGGGACUGCUGGCCUUAAUAAAAUGCACAUUGGUGGAUGUACGUCCUUCCCGGGCCCUUUGGCCUCUCUGUUGAUUGCACAGCUCUAACUCACUGGACAUAUGCAAAAGUAUCACUUUUUGUGUUGGACUAAUGAUCCACCAUGCUGAUACGCAGAGGAGGCUGCCAAGUUUGCAUGAAUUAAGAAGAGAAGUUAAUGUUUUUUCCCAGUAAAAUGUCAGCAUUCACGCACAUACACUUUACCAACCGAAGUAUCAGGACACCGUUUCAUUGUUGGACAAGACUUAUGCUUUUUACGUAGAAGCAAGAGUGUCGGAAAGACCCUAUUUAUGGCCUUUCCAGUAAGCCAGGGGUGUCCAAACUUUUUCCACUGAGGAAAUAAUCAAAGCAAGCGGGGGCCAUUUAUUUUAAAAACCAAUACAAUAUAUGUAUAAAAAAUAUACAUUUAGGCCUCCACUCAGGCUUGAUCCCGGGGACCCCAAAUGUGUCAUUAUUCAGUAUUAUUUGUAUUAUUAUUCAAGUUCUAAAUCUCUAGAUCAACAUUAAGUCUAUCUGUCAAUAUGACGUUUUUAAAGAUUUAAGUUGUAUGCUCUUUUUGUCAAAGAAAACCCAUGUUUUUUUAUUGAAAAAAACACAAAAUAUGCAAUAUUUUCACCCAACAAAAUUUUUAAGUAGAAUGUUUGAGAUUAUAUAAUAAUUGGAGCCGGAAAAAGGUCAACAACUCCUAACACCAUUGAUUUUAAUUCACUAUUAUUUUUUGUGCAAUGACCCUUAAAAACAUAACACACUGAUCCAAAACGGUCCUACUCAGUGUUAAAAAAUAAAUUGUAAUUUUUUUUUUUUUACUGCUUACUUUAAACACACUGGGCUCGAUGUUCAACUUCAGAUCUAUCCGUCAAUUAGAAGUUUUUUUUUUCGUUUGUUGUUUUUUUGUUCGUUUUAGGCCAUUCUUUAAAAAAAAAACAGUUCAGUUUUUAUAUGGCAAACACAAAAUAUCCAAAAUUUUGCCCCCAAAAAUAUCUCAAAGUGGAAUAUUUAAUGUGACGUAAUUGGAGCCUUGAAUUGGUCAAUAAUUCAUAAUUGAUUUUGAUUCACUAUUUUUUUUUUUAAAGAAAGAAACAGCCUGCAUGGCAGCUUUGUGUUAUUAGAGUAAACAUUGCAACAUGUUCUUGUUAUAGUUCACCUGUUUUCUCUUUUAUACCACUUUUUAUUUUUUUCCAUAGUAUUUUUGAAAUGUUCUGUGGGGCCGUUAAAAUAUGACCUGCGGGCCGCAAAUGGCCCCUGGGCCGCACUUUGGACACCCCUGCAGUACGCGAAGCAAAGGCCAUAAAAAUAUGCUUUGUUGAGUUUGGUGUGGAAGAAAAAGCCCAUCAAACAUCUGUGGGAUGAUCAGUAAAAAUGCCCACAGACACCCAAAAUGCUAUACUUUGACAUAUAUUCUU